AUGUUCAUCUCCUCUCGAGAACCCUACAGUAGGUCGGUGCAGCGACGGCUACUCUGCGUGUGUGCUAUGGCGCUGCUGUGUUGUGUGAUGCUCACCGAUGCCGCCGCCCCUGUGUACGACGCCACCGCUGUGCAGAUUCUUGUGGUAAACACGUUUGAUAGCUCCCUGCGCAGCUCUCAGGUGCAGGUGUGCGCGACGAUGGGGGGCGUGCUAGUGCCAGAUGUAUCGGACGCCAUUCACCUGGAACUGCUCAACAAGAUGGAGGAGGUGGGUGUCACGAGCUACUGCGGCUACCUGGGCGGCUCCACGCUUCUUUCGUCCACGGCCUGCACAACGUCCAAGGCAACGUUGGACUGCAUUUGGUAUUGGGACCAGGGGCGGUACCACGGCAUUGAGAAUGCCUAUCCCUUUUACAAGGGCAACUCCUACCCGGCCUCGGGAGGCAACGGCGGUUUGAGUGGCGCAGGCAUGAUCAGCACAGCCUCGGAUAACCACUGGACGCACAAGGACGGCAUCCAAACAUUUCCUGGGAAGAAAUACCAGCGCUACGCGAUGCUGACGCUUCCCCAAACGUAUUCAAGGGCGGGUUGGGUGGACAGCAGCGACACCUCAUUUUCAUACGGAGAAGUUCCCACGAACAGCUACUUUGCGAUGUGCCUUCUCGAGCUGGUCACUACAACUACGACGACGAGCACCACCACCACCACGACAGCAGAGCCCCCGGCUACUACUACCACCACCACCACCAUGAACCCUACCACCACCACCACGCAGCCAUCCAACACGAGCACCACCAACGGACCUGCCGAGGAGGAGGAAAGCAACCAGAACGUAACCAUGUGGGUCGGUAUCUCCAUCUUUAUCGUGCUGGUGGCUGGGCUCACUUUUGUCCUCAUCCUGUGCAAAGCUCGGGAAAAGGGCUGGUGCUGCUAUGCCCCCAAGGAGUCUGCUGUGGUGAUGUCAGUGGCCUCUGGCGCGUCGGUUGACCUGGCGGCGUCGCAGAGGGCAAACACACGCGUGUCAAGGCCUUCCAACCUCUCGUUGAACUCGUCCAUCUCUUCUAGCAGCAGCUGCGGGACCGUGCGCUCUUUCCACGCCGUCACACCCAAUAAAGACGGUAGGGGGCGCCGGUCCAUUCUCCGAAACGAUUACGAAGAAAUGGAGGUCUACCCAAAGCUCCACGACCCCCGCUCUAACACCAGAAGCACGUACUCCGCCACGAAAGAGGACUUCGACUCUAGUGCAAAGCAGGAUACGAUGCUUCUCCCGGGACCUGUGUUGUCGAGUGUUACGACUGGGCCAACUGCUCUAGCCGAACCUUCUUCCGGUACCCCGGCACUGAUGCGGAAACCGUCCCGGAACUGGCGGUCGUUUGAGUCGUCCAAUGCGGACAACAAGACCUCCCCGGGGCCACGGCUGCGCCGCACCACGAGCGUGAGCUUCCUUGACUAG